CCCGCGCGCUCCGGUGCACGAGGAGCAGCGGCGGCAGCGGCGCUCGGCUGAUAGCGGAGUGCGCCCUGGUCCUCCGCGGCGUUAGGGGGCGCUGCGCGGCGGCGGCGUUCUCGAGUAGCCCGGGGUUUUCUCUCGUCCUUUCCCAGCAUCCCCCGCGGCGGUAGCGGAGACUGUCCCCAGCCUGGUGACCUUCGGCGGCCGCCCGCGCUCUCCCGGCCGUCACGAUGGUGCAGUCCAUGAUUCCAAAGUCAUUGAGAGCCAUGAAAUUCUACUUCACUACCGUGUAUCAAGAGAUAUGGGUUGGUGUAGCAUUAACAGCUUAUGCCUAUUACAAAAUUUCAUAUGGUGGCAAAAAAGCAGUGGCAGACAAGUCCUCCGGUGCUGGCCAUCAUUAAAGACCUCUUCUCUUCUUGGAGUAUGAAUUUGGUGGUUCGUCAUCUGUACUGUAAAUGAAGCAAGUUACAACCAUAGGGAAGUUAAUUCUAAAACUGUACCUGAUCCAACUGCUGUAAUUGGAGAAAGAAUAAAUCCAUUGAGCAACAAGGAAUUAAACAUGUUGGACAAAGUA